AGCAGCCUGUCCUGAAUGCUCCACCAGCCACUGUGAGCACAGCUGGAUCUGCCGACUGCACGCGCAGAAGUCUUAGAGGCUGCUCUGGCCUUGAAAACGAUCCUUCUUAAAGGGAUUUUACUCCUUCCUUGAGGGAAAGGAAACCCAUUGAUAUAAAGCCCUACUUCCCUCCUGGCUUCCUCUGCUGGAUGCCACUCAGGUAGAUACCAAGUGUUGAUAAAUACAGGGGAAAGAAAAAAUCAACUCUGUCCUCUGCUGCAGCUGAACUCCCAGCCACCUCCUGCGAUCUGCUUGCUCACAAUCAAGGGACACAGGUGCAGCAGACGCUGGUUCAGCAGUGCCAUCAAGAAUUACAAAGAAAGAAGAAACUGGGAAGCUAUGGGCAGGGCACGCAGGCCUUCACCAGGGCAGCACAGGCAUUGUGAGAGAUGCUUUAACCGUCACUGCCACAUGCCUGUGGAGCCCAACGUCUCCUGCCUGGUGAUAAAUUGCCACCUGUCCUGUGGCGCUACCUUCCACAUGUGCAAAGAGGCAGAACAUGAGCUUCUCUGUCCCUUAGAGCAGGUUCCGUGUCUCAACUCUGAAUAUGGCUGCCCCCUUUCCAUGUCCCGCCACAAACUGGCCAAGCACCUGCAAGUGUGCCCUGCCAGUGUGGUCUGCUGCUCUAUGGAGUGGAACCGCUGGCCAAACGUGGACUCUGAAACAACCCUUCAUGAGAACAUCAUGAAAGAGACUCCCAGUGAGGAGUGUUUGGACACAGCCCUGGCCCUCCAGGACCAGAAAGUCCUUUUCAGAUCUUUGAAAAUGGUAGAACUUUUCCCAGAAACUAAAGAGCCCACUGAGGAGGAACCUACUAUGAAUGGUGAAGCCAGCUGGGAGGAAAUGGAAGGAGCAGUAGGUGGAGCAGAUGCCGGGUUGGUAUCAAACGGCGCUCUGUCAGCCACUAACGGAGAGAUGGUGGAGCUGAGUCAAGAAGAACGAGAGACGUUAGCCAAAACCAAAGAAGGGAUGGACCUGGCCAAGUUUGACAAGUGGGAAAAUAUGUUCAGCAAAGAGCAUGCAGCCUCUGCUUUAACAAGCUCAUCAGUGAGCUGUGAGAGCAAGAGCAGGAACGGCCCAGGGAAAGAACAGAUGUCCAGUGGCAAUAACAUGGUAAAAGAGGAUACUGCCAAUGAGAAAGAACCACAGGAAAACCAGAAGCAGCAGAACUCUCACGGAGCCAUGGAAACGACAGGGCUUGCCCCUUGGCAGGAUGGUGUUCUGGAAAGACUGAAAACAGCUAUGGAUGCAAAGGACUAUAAUAUGUAUUUGGUGCACAACGGGAGGAUGCUUAUUCACUUUGGUCAGAUGCCUGCUUGUACGCCUAAGGAGAGAGACUUUGUUUAUGGCAAGCUAGAAGCUCAGGAAGUGAAGACUGUUUACACCUUCAAAGUUCCUGUGAGCUACUGUGGGAAGCGGGCUCGCAUUGGAGACGCCAUGUUGAGUUGUAGGCCAAGUGAACACAAGGCAGUAGAUACUUCAGAUUUGGGGAUCACUGUGGAGGACCUGCCCAAAUCAGAUCUUGUCAAGACCACCCUCCUGUGUGCUUUGGAAAGAGAACUCAAAGGUCACGUCAUCUCCGAAUCCAGGAGCAUUGAUGGGCUGUUCAUGGAUUUUGCUACACAGACAUACAAUUUUGAGCCAGAGCAGUUUUCCUCUGGGACGGUGCUGGCUGACCUCCUAACCACUGCCAAACCAGGCGGGCUCCAUGUGGAGCUCCACAGUGAGUCUGUGACCAGGAGACACAACAAGAGCAGCUCUGCCUUCACUUUCACUUGCAACAAAUUCUUCAGGAGGGAUGAAUUCCCCCUGCAUUUCAAGAAUGUCCACACAGAUAUUCAGUCAUGUCUCAAUGGCUGGUUCCAGCAUCGAUGCCCCCUCGCCUACUUGGGAUGUACAUUUAUUCAAAACCAUUUCCGUCCCCCAGGGCAAAAGGCAAAAGUGAUCUAUAGUCAAGAGCUCAAGACUUUUGCUAUCAAGCCGGAGGUUGCUUCAGAGCUCAGUGAGGGAAGGAAGAACAACCACCUCUCAGGCCAUGGAAGAAAAAGCCAGAAUUCUCUGACCAGCCUGCCCCUGGAGAUUUUGCAGUACAUUGCUGGGUUCUUGGACAGCAUCAGCCUGUCCCAGCUCUCCCAGGUGUCCGUGCUGAUGAAGAACAUCUGUGCCACUUUGUUACAAGAGAGGGGGAUGGUCCUCCUGCAAUGGAAGAAGAAGAAGUAUUCCAACGGAGGCACCUCCUGGAAAGUCCACAGAGAGAUCUGGCAAUUCAGCAGCCUCUUCUCCAAAGUCAAGAGCUGGGAGUUUAAUGAAGUUGCCUCCAUGUCCGAGCACCUGAAGUCCUGUCCUUUCAACGUUGUAGAGCACAAGACUGACCCGAUUCUUUUGACCAGCAUGUGUCAGCCCCGCGAGCAGGCCCGAGAGAGCUUAGUCACCACCUUUAGAGCCAGAGCACGAGGGAGACACGCCUACUGAAGAUUCAGACGCCGCCAUUCUUGGAUUCCCCCUCAGAGUUUCUAAAAAUAGGGCAGAGCGUGAUUUUGAGGACUUCCCUCUAUAAACUGCAUAUGUGCCUAUCUGGGUGUAUUGGAACAUGCAAUGUCCUUCAGAAUCUGAGCAGCUGCACAAGGUCUAAGAAUUUUGUAAGCCAUGGCUUGUACGAUUGCUAUAGUGCCUUAUUGAUAACUUUUUUUUCUAAAGUAAAUCAGAGGAGAAAAUAAGUAACUUGAGGCUACUUGGAAGAUAGGCUCAAGUCCUUAGGAGAUGAGAGAGCAGUGAAAUUCCAUAACCAGCACAGGCCUGUGCUUUUGUGGAGAGCUUUUCAGUUUAUAAGCACUUUCAAAUUUAUAAGGUAGGCAGUGCAGGGAUGGGGACUGAGGUGCCUCCCAGGGCACCCAGGGUGAAGGGCACACAGUUUGACAGUUCUGGAGCUGAGGUUGUCUUGACAGUCAAGUCCAAGGCUUCCUUUAGUGGCCCCACUGCCUCU